AUGAAAAUCGAAGGCCAGAAGAUGGUCGGCCGGACGGACAAAGAAGAACUCCUUUUUUCCAACCUUUGUGGGAAGAGAUCAGUUGAAGAAGGACAAGGAAGGGCGGGAGGGGAACGCGAAAACCACAGCGGACGGACUGGUAAUGGACACCCACAUACCCGCUACCAAGAGGAUUCGUUAUUAGUUGAUCACCUGGGCGGCGGGAUACCGCCGCCGUGCCCAACAAACGUCGAGCAUGCUGAAAAUCCACCUCACGAAGGGAAGAUUGUCGGCCAGCCCAAAUCCUCGAAGGUGCCGGCCUCUCGGCCAAUAGGAGGGUCGACCACGGCCACCGAGGACUGUCCCCCGGCUCUCACCAGAGCAGACGUGGUAGCCGGAGGAUUGGUGGUCUACCUCUGGCGAAGGUCCUCGCCGGGGGCAGACGGGGAAUAUGAAGAGGUGGAAGAAGAAGAUGAAAAAGAAGAAGAGGAGGAAGACGACAUUGCAAGAGAACAGACAGAAGUAUCAGAAAAGAAAGAGUCGAGGGCUAACCUGAAAGAAGUUGACAACUGGAGAACGGAACACAGAGAUAAAGGAUGUCAGCUGCCGGGGGGUUGA